GCCUGUUGUGUUCCAGAACCCGCUUGUUGGCUGGGUGGCACACUGUCUGUGGAGGAGAGACAGACGUACAGCAGUGUAGGCUACUUCUUUCGAGAAUAAUAUCAGACUUGGACCCAUUGUGUAAAGACGCACAACAAAAAGCGUCAAUUUUCCUCAAAUGUCUGCGCUCUCUGUAUCAGCCAGUUGAAAAUAACAGGACUAGCUGUAGAAUUCAGACUAGUCAAACUAUUGUUCAUAACUUAAUAAAAAUGAUGGGCCAUGCACGAGCUACAAGUUGGUGAAUGUUUUGGAGACCGCGCGCGUUCCUGUCCACCUUUCCGCUUCUGAAUUACACUAAAUUGUUUCACUCCCACUGUUUUUUAAAUUAACAUAGCUUCGAGUUAUGUAGACCACCUUCAGUGCAGUCAGUUCGGGGUUAUGGCGUUGAAAUCCCCCUCCCCUGUAUUUCUCCAUGGGGAACAACAGGAGCGCGAGAGAAUCUACCUUUGGGGAGGGAAAAAACAGGCUGGCUAGGGAGUGGGGACAGCUCAUGGUGGAUAUAGGCGGAGCAGGCAUGCGCUGAGCCCGCGGGCAGAGUGGCCAACGUUGAAGUCUGCACACAGACUGUCGCACGGAAACCACCGCGCCGCUUACGUCUCCAAGCGGGCGAGGGCCAGAAAGAGAGUGAGAAAGGAGAGGGAGGGGGGCAAAUGAAAAAGCUCUGCACCGCUGUACGCGUGAGACAUCUGGAAACGACGCUCAAAGGCACACACCGACUCCGCGCACCAAUUUGGAAUGCCGUUUUUAUGAAGAUGACCAAUCUUUAACACCCUUGACCGGCGUCGUUACUCAACGAUUCCACAAUUUUAGCGUCUAUUUGAGCGAGAUAUUGUAACAUAUUUAACGUAUUUUUUCGGUUUCGUUAUCAUCAGACUCUUGACUAUAGGCGUGUUUUUAUGUGUCUGAAUCGUCAAGUUAAAAUAGCCUGUGAGACGUAUUUCCUAUGCCUAGAAGAUUUACUUUAUGGGCUGCGACAGGAUCUGAUACAGUUUUAGAACGUAACACAAAGUAGGCUACUACAUUUUCUUUCGCUGUUAAUGUUUUUUGCUAUGUUUUGACAACGGCAUUCGCCAGCUGAUCGGGAUACUUAAAACAGUAUCGUCUUCUUUUUGUCGCUUGGGACAUUACGUGAACAGACAGAGACGUCUAGUGUUUCUUUUGAAGUGACAGACGAGCAAGCGAGCGAGUACGAGGCGAGCCAGUGGAGGAGAGGAGAGACCCUGCCGUCACGUUCCGGGAAAACUGGCCUUCCUUAAAGGUGUGCGGAGCACGUGCCACAGCCGUCAUGCUGUCAUUGGACGAACCGCUAGACCUGAAGCUGCCGUCGGGCCGAGAGCGUGAGCGGGCGUCCCAGCCCCCGAGGAUGUCCAUCUGCGCCCCGCUGCACGCCACCCGCGCCCGCCAGGCUCGCUCGGCCAACGACAAGAGCGUCAUCACGCCCGUCCCACCCUCCUCUCCACCCACAGGUGUGCCGGUGUCCCCCCAGGGGAAGCAGGAACCCCACAUCCCCCCUGCCAUGGACCUGACCUCCAGACACAGCUCGGCCCCCCCUUCCCCCGUCGACGCCCUCUCCAACGGGGCUGCCAUGCACUCCUACCUUCCCAGGGAGUCUGCAAACGCCCGCUACCUUGAGGGCGGAGCCUCGGCCCAGGGCUUCCAGUUCUUCCUUCCCAUUGGUGCAGGCGGUAGCUUCCAGCUGCCGUCCUCCCUGUUUAUUGGUCGGAACGGGGAGAAGCGGGCGUCGCCCGAGCCCUCCUCAGACGAGCAGCUGGCCUGCCGCUGGAAGAAGUGCCGCCUGCUGUUUGACUCGCUGCAGGAGCUGGUGGACCACGUUAAUGACUUCCACGUGAAGCCAGAGAAGGACUCCGGCUACUGCUGCCACUGGGAGGGCUGUGCGCGCAGGGGCCGAGGGUUCAACGCCAGGUACAAAAUGCUAAUCCAUGUGCGCACCCACACCAACGAGAAGCCUCACCACUGUCCCACCUGCAAUAAGAGCUUCUCCCGCCUGGAGAACCUGAAAAUACACAACCGCUCACACACAGGUGAGAAGCCCUACAUCUGCCCGUACGAGGGCUGCAACAAGCGCUACUCCAACUCCAGCGACCGCUUCAAGCACACGCGCACCCACUACGUGGACAAGCCCUACUUCUGCAAGAUGGCCGGCUGCCUGAAGCGCUACACCGACCCCAGCUCGCUGCGCAAGCACAUCAAGGCCCACGGCCACUUUGUGGCCCAGGAGCAAGGCAUCGGUGGCCUGGGCGGCGGCAUCGGCGGUGGUAUUGGCGGUGGCGGCGGCUGCACCAGCCCCACCUCGGCUGGCAUGGAGGCCCUGCUGAAAGCCGGCCGCCUGGUGGCGACCUCGCCCACCGGCGCCGCCACCAUCAUGAGCGCGGUCGCCGGCCUCCCCGGCCCCAUCUCCAGGGGACCCAAGGGUGACUGCGCGUCCAUCAGCUCCACCUCGCCGCCGCCCGAGCUUCCCUACGUGGCCGGCGCCCACAUCGUGCUGCCCGGGGCGGCUGCGGCGGCCGCCGCCCUGCUGGGGGGCCACCACGGCCUCCACGGGCUCGGCGGGGCCUCGCUGCCCCUCUCCAACAUCGGGCCCCUGGAUCUCAGCGCCCUGGGGAGCAGCCGCGCCGCCUCCACUCCCGGCGGCCUCCAUCACUCAGCUCUGGGGCUUAGCAGCAAGGGCCUGCUCUCGCCUCUCUUCCCCGGGGCUUCGCUGGGCCUCGGGCCCCUUCUUGCCGGCAGCAGGGUAGCAGGAGGAGCAGCCAGGGGCCGGAAGAGGGUCAGGGAGGAGGAUGAGGAGGACGAGGAUGAGGAAGAGCGCAUGAUGAUGAUGGAGAAUGGGGAGGAUGGGGAGGAGGAGGAGCUGGGGUUCGGACGGGAUCCCAUGUCCUGGGUCGUCAUCCCUCCCGGAAUGGUGGUGCUGAGGCCAGCUGUGGUCAGCUAAAAGGUCGACCCCUUUCCGGAAAGGGUACGCUCUGUACGCCGUGCGUGUGUGUUUACGUGUGUGUGUGUGUGUGUGUGUGUGUGUGUGUGUGUGUGUGUGUGUGUGUGUGUGUGUGUGUGUGUGUUGAAGGAGAAAUGAGAAUGAGUGUGUAUGGCUGUGCAGAGAUUUUUUUUGCGGGAGUGGGGUGGCAGGGGUUGUUUUUCCCCACCAUUACAACACAUAUUCAUGGACAGACAUUUUUUUUUGGACAGAGGCUUUUUUUUUCAUUUGCUCUGAUUUGUUUUUCAAUGAAAGCUAUAACAAAAUAAUCCUACCCAUUCCCUAAAGAAGAUUUACAAAAAAAAAGAUUUUGAAGAAGCUAUGGGACAGUUUACUUGAACAUUCCUACCUGAGGCCAAUGAGAUAUAAGCAUGUCUUAACCUCCCUCACCUGUUGGAUGGGUGAGACCACACAAGAUGGACCACAAAAUGAAGACGAUAGACAAUGUUUUUUUCUCGUUUGUUUGUUUUUGUCGAUGGACAACAGCCUAAGCCAGUUGCCGUUGGUGUGACUGAAAUGUCCGUAAAAAAAAAUAAGCCAUUGGGUAAAAAGAGGUUCAUUGCGACUUUUGUGACAACGAUAAUGUCCGCCAUUUUUGUUUCCCAACAUGCACCUUGUAGAAAUCUUCAUCGCCUUCACUGUGGAACUUUGACACAGACUUGGACAGGGUCAACAUUGGGACGACACUCAUUUUUAAUUGUCCUUCUCUCUCUCUCUCUCUCUCUCUCUCUCUCUCUCUCUCUCUCUCACCUACUCUCUCUGACACAUUUCCCUACAACAGAAUUUACAUUCCCGCUGAAGUCAUCACAAUGAACUCUCACCCGUGAUGAUGGUGAAGAAACAUUGUAGUAACACGUGGGACAAAAAACACAAUGUAACAAAAGAACGUUGUGAGGGGAAACAAGGUAACUGCAACAUGGAAACGUAACUAUUGACAGGAUACAUAUGUAUUUCCAACAAAAGAAAUUGGAGAGAGAGAGACAACCCUUUACUGGCUUGUAAGGGGUCCUUCAUUAAACUUCUACCUGACUUGAGGAGGUCAUUAACUGACAGUUCAGCAAACCUAACAGUCCCCUUAGGCUGUAUGACAAAGCAUUCUUUUGCACUUUAUCUAGAACCAGUUUUACAAAAUCUCUACUUCAUCAUGACGUAGCAAACAGAAAAAAAAACGUUUUUUUUUGUUUGUUUUGUUUUGUUUGCAGUUUGGUUUUACAAAUGUUCUUAGACGACAUGUCGACGUCUCAUAUCUCAAAUGUACUUUAAUAUGAAUUUACGUUGUUAGGGGUGCUCUCUCUUGAGUCUCUGUAUGAAAAGUGAUACUAUUUGUAUGUGAUUUCUAGACAAGACAAACCCCAUGCAAUAGUGUGGUGCAAAAUGGAACAGUUCUUACGACGGACCAUGGGCUUUCAAUGUUUUGAAACCAAGUUGAAUACUUUGCUUAUUUUUUACGUUUGUGGCAUUGAGUUACCUUGCCGCUUUCGCCACCUCCUCUUUCUUCAUAUAAAAAAUGGUAGAAGUUGACCUUCCACUCAGAAAAGCCUCGGAAUGAAACUCUUGGUGGACAAUCAUUGCAUUUUUGCUGCUUUUAUUGCACAGUAAUUAACAAAACGUUAGCUUAGCAUAACACAUCUGUGAAAAUGAAUUUAAUGUAAACUGAGAGAAGAGAAUAUAUAUAUAUAUACUAUAUAUGCUAUCCAUAUUAGGCUACUAGCGGUUUUACUGCUGUGACACCUGGACUAUUCAACUGCUUAAAUAACACAAGAUGUAUGAAGAUGCCUGGUCUCCCUGAAAAACAAACACAAAAAAACAAAGAAACAGUUGACAGAAACAAUUUGAUUUUGCUAGUAAAAAACCCCACAAAAUACCACAAAAUUCCGUCUCAAACUAAUGUUUUAACUGAGUUCGGCCCACCGUGUUUCGGCGUCAUCAGUGAGAGGCCAUAUUACAGUAAGCACAAGCCUUGUCUAAGAGGUGUUGUAUGUCAGUGGCUCAUGGGACCAGGUUUUUGUUAUCAGUCAUGAGUCUUGGACUUGACAAACAUGCCCUUUACACAUACCCGGGUAUUUUGAUAAACAGACAUUUUCCUUCCGUCCGUUUUCCCAAAUCCGUUUUCACACCAUCUGUGAAUCCAUGUGAGCAUGCAGUCGAGAGCUGCCAGUGUCAGGGGAAGGAGGUAAGCCAAUCAAGUAUGUUCAUCUCUGUGUACGUGCAAACACAAAUACAAAUACAAAAACCACCAUUUUCAAAAAUCUCCACUUUUGCCGGACAUUUUAGAAAGAUUUUUUUUCAGAAGGAAAAUAUUUGUUUCCUUUAGAUAUACGUGAAAGGCUCAAACGAGGGGAAAAGUCUCAGAUUACAAAAAAAAUACCCGGGUAUGUGUAAAGAUGUUGAAAGGUAUGUUUGUGGCCUACCUUUUCAUGUCCAACUGAAUUAAACACUUGGCGAUGAGGAUGCAGCAUUCCUGAUUUUACAUUACCCCUGUUUACACGUACGUAUGUGGAUAUUUUUGUAAGUGCAAAAUGGUUCCGCCUUCUGUUUACACGUAAACAGAAUUUUAGCUCCCUGAAGUGGUUUUAAGUAAAUAUGUCUACAACACACCUGUCACAAUGGUGUUUUUGUUUUGUAUCCACAUGGCGUGUUCAUAUGAAAACGGAUGAAAAAAAAUCCGCUUUUAAAAAUAUCUGCAUACUUAGAUAACCAGGACCUAAAUGCAGGAAUGGCUACUCACAUGGAUUUCAGUCCGAGCAUCACCUUUGACACUCAGUAUUUGACCUAUAAUAAUGCAGUACGCUGUCUUACGCUGGCUUAUUACUGGGAAGCCACAUGAUGUUAUGUUGUUUCUGUUUGCACCAUUGUGGCUGUGCAGUAUGUGUUGGACUAUAGAGUCAUUUCAGCUAAACGGCUGAUAGAAAUCAUUCUAUUAUAUUUCUGUGAUGACGAAACAUUUUUUAAUGUUGAUCGUAUUAUUCUCUUUUUUUUAUCGCUCUUUUGUCACGUAUUGCUGCUCUGUGCUUCCAUUGACACGGACCUGGGUCACGGUCCACACCCUGAUACAAGUAUGUAAACGUUCACAGAUAAGCAUCCACUUACGGUAAUAAUAGAUUUCUCUUAUUUGAAAUCAUCAGCUGUGCAUUUUUUGUGUGUGUGUUUUUUUUAACCAAUUUAGCUGUUGUUUUUUUAUUUGCACAUAAAAGAUAUUUAAGUAUCAGUAUUUUGAUGGUCGAAAGUGCCUUCUAUUUAGGUGAAAGUAGACAACAAACAUACGGUGUAUGAGAUGAUCAUUUAUGUAGAGUUGUCUUUGUUUAGAUGUCUACACCCCACCCCCAACCCACCCUACCCAAAUCUUUGUAUUUACAAGAGUGAGGGAUCUAUGAAAGUUUAAACGUGUGCAAUCUUGUCCCUCUCCAAUGCUCUCUCCUGUUGUAAAGGAUAUAUUUUGUAAUUUGUCUUAAGAGAAUAGGUCUAAUUGUUUUCUUCCUCAACCAGACAUACAAAAUAGUAAUGCCUUCAUAUUUGGACCCAAGUCACACUUAAGGGUGUACAGACCCUAGCUGUACAGAGAGACCAAAUGCAGUAAAGGUGGCGGAAAUAGUUGACUUUGUAUCCUCUUUAUCAUCCACGGUUACAAAGGUGGCGCCAAAUCAUUCAGGCCAUGGGCUCGCUAACCGGAACUAGCAGACUAGCAGAAAUUCAGCGAAAGCAUGCCGAGGUUGACAUGCAGGGCGUAAUAAAGUUGACAGAAGAGAAGUUCCACAAGCAUUUUUGGGCAUCAAAUGCAUCAAAAAAAGAAGUGAAACGAAGCUGAACUUUAUGAGCAAUGACGCAGUUCAGCGGAAACCAAUUGGAAUGCGUAUCCCAAACAUGACUGCUAUUGGUCUCUUGCUGCUAUUGCUGCUAUUGGUCUCUUUGUACAGUUUGUAUGACCCAGGGUUGCCAGGGGCUUCAAACUAUUACCUGAGCAACACAAUGAAAAACUUUUUUGAAAAUUGAAAUAUUGUGUUUUGGUAUAAAGAGCUCUUCAUACAUAAAUUAUUCCACGUCUGAUCCCACACCAUACUGUGUAGAAAUUCAGUUUUAGAUUUAGUUUUUGAUGUACUGACAAUCAGUGGACAUUCACAUCUGUGAAGCCAAACGAUAAGAGUUGUAUUCAUGCACUGUCUCAAUUGUCCUUUUUUCAAAAGACCUUUCAAACUGUUGUAAUGACAAUAAAUCUUCAAUUUUGACUAUUGAGGAGAUAAAUUCAUGCAAGUAAAUUAAGCAAAGUGAUGCAAGACACAAAGUCCAGUGCUCCAUCCUAACACAUUCCAAUUUUAUUUUGUACAUUCCAGUUUCAUUUACCGUCUGUUGGUUCAAUGUCUUAGUUUUUUUUUUUUAAAGGUUGGUAAGGACUUCUAUACAGCAAUAUCGCGACAUAUAAAAAAAUGAAUUAGGCCUAUAUUCUAUAGAAGGCAAUUUUUAAAAAACCUAUCACUACAAGUAGCCUAUAACUAAAUCCAGAGUAAGGUCAAGUUUUGUACGGUAGUUCUGAAAUUAUCACAGGUUAGUCUUACAGUAUUGUAAAAAGUCUCUAUACAGAGAAGCAGUGCAGUGCAGCUGUCUGUUUUUGUCCUUUUUUAGAUUACACUCAGUGAGGUGGGAUCAGAUGUGACUUCAUAGUAAUGCUUAGGGUCUUGUUUUUGUGUGUGCUUAAAAACUGCUCUUAAAACAAUCAGGCCCAAUGUACAUAGUAAAUUUUGCACUGUGCCAAUUCAACACAGCUGAAUUUUAACAUUGAUAGUGUUGGUCCCAUACUCUCUGCAGUGUUAAACUAACACGGCAAUAUUUACUAUGUAAAAUGCACUUUUACACAGGAAUGACCCUCUCAAGGUAAAAAUGUGGAGGCCCUUAGACAGGGAAGUCUCACACACAACCCCAAACCCAACCACCUAUGUUUCUCCCCUUUUUAAGCCAUCUUUGCGUCAGCUUUGUUAUCAACGGUAACGACAAUGGCAGUGAUGUCAGAUUGAGAAGAAUGACACUAAUGGUGUUAAUAAAACAGCAUUUGGCAAACA